AUGACAUUCGCUAUGCUGCGCACGGCGCCUCCCGCAGGCCGCUUCUUGUAUGGCGACAUCGCGCUCCUUUCCGAAGACGAAGAUGAGAACGGGAGCGAGGGGUCCGGCUCGGAUGAGCACAGCUCCAACGCCUUCCGCCUGUCCUCGUCCCCCUCUGCUUUCCACAUCAAAAUGAGCAGGAAGAGGAAGAUGUGCGCGGGAAUUGGCAUUGGAGGGGUAGGUAUGGGGGGCAUGUUGGGAAGGCUCGCUCCCCCAGGCAUGUCUCCCCCGGGGGAAAUUCGCCAGAGGACUGCAGCCAACGCUCGGGAAAGAGAUCGCACCAACUCUGUCAACACUGCGUUCACGGCGCUGCGCACACUCAUCCCCACCGAGCCGGCAGACAGGAAGCUGUCGAAGAUCGAGACUCUACGUCUGGCCAGCAGCUACAUCAGUCAUCUGGGGAACGUCUUGCUAGUGGGUGAGGGACUUCAUGAAGGACAGCCGUGCCACGCUCCCUCACCACCGUUCUUCCACGUCAACUCCUCCCCCAACCGAGGAUCUGACCAAUCGACUCAGCCCAAGCACAUCUGUACUUUCUGCCUCAGCAACCAGAGGAAAUUGAACAAAGACCGAGACAGGAAAACGGCCAUCAGAAGCUAA